AUGCUGAGAAUACAGAAGCAGAUAUUAACAAAGAAUCAAUGUUUUUUAUAUUCUUCACAUGCGCUUAAAUCAUCUCGACUUGUUGUUGCUCGUUUUCAACAUAAUAAAUCCCUACAAUCAGAGGCAACUGCUCGCUCGGGUAUCUUUUCCCCUUUUUUUACACCUACCUCUGAAGAAAUAGUAGAAGAGAAAGCUAGACGUCAUUAUCCUCGUGUCAAUUCUUAUCAGAUUGCAAAACGUAAAACACCACCAACAUGCACAAAGAUGCUAGUGCGUGAUUUCAUUGAUGAUUCCCUUUAUAAUCCUAAUUAUGGUUAUUUCUCAAAACAAGCCGUCAUUUUCUCUCCUGAAACAGAUUUUGAUUUCAAUGCUAUGAGAGACCACUUGGAGUUUAUGAAUAUUUUAGGUCAAUUAUAUAAGGACAUUGAAAAUGAAGCCGAUGAAGUGGAUGAAGUAGCAAGACAAGUAUGGCAUACGCCAACUGAAUUAUUUAAGCCCUGGUAUGGUUAUGCCGUUGCUAAAUAUCUUGUAUCAGAAUACAAGUUAAACUUAUUUCCUCAUAAGGAUUUAAUUAUUUAUGAAAUGGGUGCUGGUAAUGGUACUUUAAUGCUAAAUAUUUUGGAUUAUAUUCAGCAAAAUGAACCUGCUAUCUAUAAAAGGGUUCAGUAUAAUAUUAUUGAAAUUUCUGGAAAAUUAGCAGAGCGACAAUCUGAAAGACAAGAUGUUAGAGAUGCUAAAGAUCAACAUAAAUGUGUUAAAAUUAUCAAUAAAAGUAUAUUUGACUGGAAUAUUCAUGUACCGGAUCAAUGCUUUGUUUUAGGCAUGGAAGUAAUUGAUAAUUUUGCUCAUGAUAUAAUUCGUUAUGAUAUGGACACAUUAAAACCUUAUCAAGCACUUGUGAGUACAGAUGCAAAAGGUGAUUAUACUGAAAUAUAUGAGCCUGUAGGCAAUGAUGGAUUGAUUAAUAGAUAUCUUGCUGUGCGAGAUCAAACACGCUACCGUUCACCUGUACUCUCAAAACAACUUUGGUUAAAAUGUUUACAAUCACUGCCUUUAGCACCUAACAUGACAUCUAGAGAAUUUAUUCCCACAAAAUUAUUUUUGUUGCUGGAAACUCUUAAAAACUAUUUCCCCCAGCAUCGCUUAGUCCUUUCUGAUUUCUCUUAUUUACCAGAUGCAGUAGAAGGUGUGGAUGGGCCCGUGGUGCAAACUCGAUAUAGAGGUACAAUGGUUCCCUGUUCAACAUAUAUGGUUCAGCCAGGAUGGUUUGAUAUCUUCUUCCCAACAAAUUUUGAACUUUUAAGAGACAUGUAUUUGCUGGUCUGUCGUGGAACAAGAGCAGGAAAUGAUAAAUUAGUUAAAGUCUUGACGCAUCGUGAUUUCUGUGAAAGAUAUGGUGAUGUAGAGAGAACAAGAACAAGGAGUGGUGAGAACCCAAUGCUUAUGUACUAUGAAAAUAUGAAAAUGAUUUUAACUUAGCGUGUAAAGUUCAUAUGUUGGUUGUUUGCUCAGACACGUUAUGAAAUUACCUAAAAAAGAUGAAAAAAGAUGAUUUUUUUCCCUUGUGUUUGUGUUUAAUGUAACAAAGUUUUUAUUAUAUUUUAGCCUUAU